AUGCUUAAGAUAAAAGAAGCCUUAAAUCAACAUGAACUGCGAAUCUACGGGUGGACUGACUCCAUGGUCGUACUGGGUUGGCUACAAGGAGACCCAUCGAGAUGGAAAGUAUAUGUGGAAAACAGAGUCAGAAAAAUACAUGAAGUGAUGCCAGGCUCCCAGUGGGGAUACGUCAAAACAACAGAAAACCCUGCUGAUGCCGCUAGCCGAGGCCAAUUUGCUGGUCAAUUGAAAGACAAUCAGCUGUGGUGGCAAGGUCCGGAAUGGCUAUCAUCCUUUGGAACAAGUGACAUAGGAAAACAAACAUAUACUACAGACCAAGAAAUGAGAAAAAUAACUCCGAAACAAGCAAAUUCGACCCAAAUAAACAUAGCAACAACAAAUAUAACAGAACAAUUAUUACACAAACAUAGCUCUUUUAAUCACAUCGUUCGCAUAAUUGCUUGGAUACUCAGAGCCUUGAACCCAAAGCGACGUCAAUUACCGAAGUAUCUUACACUGCAGGAAUUGAAUAAUGCAACAAAGGUAAUUGUGAAACAAACACAACAUAAAAUAUUUGACACAGAUAUUAGUCACUUACGCAAGAAAUCAACUGUGCAAGCAAACAGCAAACUAAGGGCUCUCAAUCCUUACAUUGAUCAAGAAGAUUUGCUACGUGUCGGAGGACGAUUAAGGAACACGAUAUUAAACGAAGAAAUGAAUCAUCCGAUGAUCAUCCCGCACGAGAGCCGUCUGACACAGUUACUUAUUGAUCAAGCUCAUUGUACAACAUUCCACGGUGGGCCCCGUCUUACCUUAUCGUAUCUUCGACAAAGGUACUGGAUUAUUGGGGGUAUUCGAGCAACAAAGAAACAAAUUCGAAACUGUGUUACAUGUCGUAAAAUAAACCCGGUAAAACAACAUCAACUGAUGGGUGAGCUACCAAGUGCAAGAACGAACCCCGCUCCACCAUUCUACCAUACAGGAGUGGACUACACAGGCUUCGUUGACAUCAAAAUGAACAAGGGAAGAGGUGCCAAGACAACCAAAGGAUAUAUUGCCGUAUUCAUCUGCAUGGUGACGAAAGCAGUACACCUGGAAUUGGUCUCCGAUCUAACCAGUUCAGCAUUUUUGGCAGCUCUAAACAGAAUGGCGGCAAGAAAGGGUGCUCCACGGCACCUAUAUAGUGAUAACGGUACGAAUUUCAUCGGCGCACAUAGACAACUUCGAGAACAAUAUGAGGAAAUCGAAAUUACUUACAAGAAUGAAGGAUUACUGAGGGAUUUAGUUGAGAUGAACAUAGAAUGGCACUUUAAUGCACCUGCGUGGCCAUCUGCAGGGGGAUUGUGGGAAAGAGCAAUAAGAAGCUUGAAACACCACCUGAAAAGAGUUGUAGGAGAACAAAGGCUUACGUUUGAGGAGUACUACACAAUCCUAUCUAAACUGGAAGCCUGCUUAAACUCUAGACCUUUGUGCCCGCUAACUGAAAACAUCGAAGAUUUAGAUUGUCUGACGCCAGCCCACUUUUUAACAGGAAGGUCAGGUUUGACCGUCAUUGAAACAAAGGAAGAUGCUCGCACAAGAUGGGAAUUAACUAGAAAAAUUUUCGCUGACAUUUGGAAAAAAUGGAAAGAAGAAUAUUUGAGUCAGCUGUUGGUCAGAACCAAGUGGCAGAGGCCUCAACGAAACAUACAAAUCGGAGACGUAGUUGUCAUUCAUGACGAUAACAUGCCUACAGGGAAAUGGUUAAUGGAUGAAAUCGAUAAACAACUCGAAGGUAACACAGCUGAUACAAAUACUGAACCGCCAGCGAUCCCUAGGUCAUACACAUUAGCAGAUGACACACAAAAAUUAACAAAUGCCAUCGAAGGUCACAUGACACUGGCUAAGCAAUUAUUUACCUAA